CUAGAAAUCCACAAAACUUUUUCUGAGAAACAAACAAGGCUUUAUCUUCAUUCCUUUAUAUAUAUAUUCUAGGGAAGGGAGGGGGGUGUCUUAAGUUGGUCAGGUCUUUUAGUUUCACUCUGGCCAGUUUUAGGGAAUCUUAAAGGAGGAGAGAAAUGGAAGAUGGGUUCGGCAGUUACUAUUUUGAGAAUAGGGAUCUUCAGGAAGAAGAAAUUUGGUCAGUUAAUGUGAGAGAGGAAUUAAGAUCAGAUCAUGAUUCAAGCCCAAAGCAGCAGAUCAGAAAAUCCAACAACAACUUCUCAUCAUCUAGAGUGAUCCCCAUUAGGACUAACAGUUCUUCUACCAAGAAAGGAAUCCAUCAUCAUCAUCAUCAAUCAUCAGCUCCCAUUGAAAUUCCUGACUGGUCUAGAAUUUACAGGAAAACAGCAAAGAAAGCAUCAUGGAUGGACCAUGAACAAGAUGAUGAUCAUUUUGUUUAUCAUGAUCAGGCUGCUGAUCAAAAUGUUGAUGGUGAUGAUGAUGAUGAUGAAGAAGAGGAAAUGAUCCCACCUCAUGAGUUCAUAGCAAGAAAGUUAAGCAGAACCCAGAUUUCAUCAUUCUCCAUGUGUGAAGGGGCUGGAAGAACACUCAAAGGAAGAGACCUCAGUAAAGUGAGAAAUGCAGUUCUCACUAAAACUGGUUUCCUAGAGUAGAAAUAAAUUUACCAUUGAGCCACUAGUAACUUUUAUUUACUGUAAUAUUAUAGAUGACAGUACUAGGAUAAUAUAUAAUUAAUUUACUAGAUGGGUUGUUGAGUUUCUAGUUAUUACACUAUGUCAUUGCUUCCAUUAAAGAGUUCCUUUGUUUCUUUUUUGGUUUAAUGUCAUAGGGUGGGGUAAAUUAGGGUUUAUGGUAAAAAUGGAAAUGGGGCCACUGUUUCCUUGUCAAGUGAUUGUCUUAUUUUGUGUUAAUGGAUACUAAUGUCAGACAUUUGUUAGGGUUUUAUGGUUAAAAUGGAAAUGUGGUCACUCACUGGUUCUUUGUCAAGUGCUUGUCUUAUUUUGUGUUAAUGGAUAUUAAUGUCAGACCUUUGUUUACUUUC